AUGAAAACACUGGAUGCUAAUAUGAAAGAUAUUGUUGUAUUACAAGAUGAUAUACCGGUAUAUAAAGGUACAUUAAAUGUUACAACUGGACAUAUUUUGAACAUUAAGAAACCAGAUAACGAUGAAAAUGCUCCUCAUGAUGUUGAAAAGCUUAUCGAGCCUACUUUUGUAACUGAUAAUUACGGAAUCAUUCCAUUUUUCAGAAGAACAAAGAAAGUUUCAAUUAAAAUUUGGUCGUCCUACAACAAUUCCCCGAAGUGGGGUGUUUCUCACUUCAAACUUUUCGAUUAUCAAGGCAAAGAAUUUGAUUAUCAUCAAGGUAUUACAAUUCGAGUCGAAAAUUCCGGUAUUCUUGAGUCAAUCGAUUUGUUUAAUAAGGAUAAUAUUACUCAAGGCGAUCUAAAUCCAGGAACAGAAAUUACCUUUAAUUUUGAAAACUCUGUACAUAUCGGCGCAAUGCUUAUUUACAAUUAUUAUGAUGCCAAUAUAAAGGCGAACUAUGGCAUUUGUCACUGUUCUAUUUAUUUUAAUCAACAACUUCAAUGGGUUGGUAAGAUUCCAAUGAGAGUUUUCAAUCAAGAGAAGUGGAAGCCAACAGAUCCAAUGCCAAUAUUCUUCGUUGACGGAGAAGGUCUUCAAGAUAGAGUUUACGGUCAAUUCUAA